GAUUUGAGCUAAGUAACAUCCUUUUGUCUGUACUUGUCAGUCGCUUGACAGUUUUGAUCUGUUAACUACACAUCGACAUAAACAACUAGCAAACUGUGCCAAAGACUUGUUGAGUAUUCUAUGAAUUCAAUAUGUUAGUUUAAAUAACAGAGACAUGGCUGAAGAGGAAGAAACAUGCGGGAUGUUAGAGGAAAUAGACUUAAAGCAGAGAUUGAUACAGGAAUCCUCGUGGACGAAAACUGUACCGUACAAACACUGGCACGACUACGCGAAGCCCAGCGACAGCAUAGGAAGUAUCUUUGCCCCCGGCGCGUACCAUUGUCGAGGCAGAACCCUGAGCAAACGCGCUCCCAAGCCGCGAUGGCAUCCCUUCGGAGUCGACGGCAAGCUCGUGAAUCCACCUCGCGUUUUUAUUGAACUACAUAAUGAGGAAGUUAAACGGAAAGCGGCUGUGGCAGCGGAGAAGAAACGCGACGCCUUACCUGAGAAUAUAGUGAGCUUGAGGGAUCUAGCGGACGGCACGUGGUUGCGAAAAAAGAGCCGAAAGGCCAAGAUCCUGAAGAAGAGAGAAUUAUCCAUACAGAAGGGAAGAAUCACGAAGAGGAAGUCGGAACGAGAGAUUAUAAAUUAUGUCGAGGCCGAAGUCCCAAAAUCGAUAGAAGAACAAUUGGUCGAAUUAAUGGCGAUAGUCGACAACGAGCAAAAACGAUUAAUUAAACCCGAGGAUAUUAGAAAAUUUGUCUACCUCAGGGAUUACUGUAUAAGCGAUCAUCAUUUGCAACCUUAUGAUUAUGUUAAUAUCGAAGCAGCGAAGAAGCGUAUCAUUGAUAAAUUGCAAGAACGCGAAGACUUCGACAAGAUAAUAAAAGACUUGGAACCGGAAAUAAUUAAUGACUACAAGCGAAGCCUUCGUAGCGCGAUAGUAGAUUACAUCCUGAUGGACUCCGACGAAUGGAAACGUUUAUCUAUCGAGACACUACCUGUCGCAUUUCCCGUUCUGUGCAUUCGUGCGCCAGUACCUUGGCAUCAGUCCAAGAUCACAGCGAGUCAUUUAAUGCGGCACGGUCUUUUCAUCGGGAACUCAAUACUACAGGAUAUCCGCGAUCUAUGGUUUUCGAAGUAUCGCCAUGUGAGGAUAAUUCGCAUGCAGGAAUUUGGCACGUUUCCCGUACCGGCGGUGGAAAUUGAACCGAGGCUGAACGCCCUGUGCGUCGCGGCCACUAACGUCCUCGUCAAGGAAUGGCUGGCCGACGUAGCGGAGAUUUUUCUCGAGAAAAAAUGUAUCUGGUCGCAGUACUUCGAGACGCGCCCCGAUGCAUCUACCGCAUUGAUCGAGAAGUAUUUUAGCAGCGUAAAUUCCCUCUUAUCGAAGCAACUGCGAAUCAUGAUAAUGAAAACGCUGGAGGAUGUGAGAGAUUUCUUCAAGCGGUAUCGGGACGGCAACGCGUUUGAGGGCGACUACAAGGAUCUCACAUUUCUCGAAACUCCUUUCAUAACAGUGAAAGUGGAGGCGGAACUGGGCACAACGGAGCUCCGCUGCAAGCCGGGCAUCCUGCAACUGCACACUACGAUCUCGCGUUGCUUCGACAAGAUCAUCAGAGUGGGCUGCACGAUACCCAGGAUCGAGACGAUUCUCUUUCCGGAAUUGAAGCGUGCGGGUUAUCUCUUUCCCAUUUCACGAUACGAGGAUAGGAUAUUGCGCAUUAUCACCGAUGUACUGGACAUAAUUGUCAAACACUCAGCUGGCCCUGAGAGUUACCUUAGCUGCUACCGAGACUUGCUGUAUAUCACGAGCGGGGUGGCCGAGAAGAAACUGGACAAUUUCUUCAAGCUCGAGCCAAUGCCGUUGUUACGAGAAUUUGAGCAACAGAUAAAAGCGUACGAUGCUUUGCGCAGAAAGAUUUCCACGUUUCGAUGUAAAAUCCCGUUAAACAUGAUCGAGAUUGAUUGCAAUACCGUGAAUGAUGCAAUGAGGGAGAUUCUACAGACACUUCGGAGUAGAAUAUGCGAUUUCUUUGCGGACGAGCUGCGGACUAACAACCGCAGCAUGUGCUCAAUCUUUGACGAAAUAGCAGAAAACAUCUCGAAGAUGCCGGAAACGACGCAGGAAGUGGUCGAUCUGUACAACUACUUGUGCGAGAGUCGCGACACGACGAUGUUCAAUCUGAGAAGACGAUUAGCACGCUCGGUCGAACUGACGUUGUUCCUGUUCGAUCACCAGCCGCUCGCGGACGAGGACAUUCACUUGAACGCACGCACGAUCACGUGGCCGAAAGAAAUGGAGACCGUGAUGGAAUUGGCGAGCAGCAGAUUGAACAUGAGGAAGGAUUUCCUGGAGACGGUGCUUCGCACGAGGCGCGACGCCUUCGAGAAAAAGAUAAGCGUGAUGCAGCUCGCGAUCGAUCAGUUCAAGCGAAAGGACCCGCCGAUUCUCACGAUGGACGAAAUGGAGCUGGCUGUGCAAGAGAUCGAGCAAAUCUCCACUACUAUGGCGGACAUCCGAAAAGAAGCUGUGGAAAUCAACGAAGAAGAGGGUUUACUAGACAUGGAGUUGAGUCCGUACAUGGAGCUGCCGGUUAUGUCCAGCACGGUAGACACUUUCGACAAGCUCUGGCACAUUGCUCUCAGCUUUCACCAGAACUACGACAAAUGGUUCUACGGCCCGUUUGCCGGUCUGGACUCCGACCUAGUGCGCGAGGAGACCGAGAACACGUGGCGUACUUUGUACAAGUUGGCGCGCGCGUUGACGGACGUGCCGGGCGCAAGGCGCGUUGCCGAGAUGGUCCGCGGAAAGGUGGAGAAGUUCCGGCAAUUCAUCCCGGUGUUGCAGAUCAUCUGCACGCCAGGCUUGCAGCCUCGGCACUGGGAGAGCAUCAGCCGAAUCGUCGACGUGACUAUAACACCGACGGACGUCAGCAACUUGUCGGAGAUGAUUGAGCACGGUCUGCUCGCGUACGUUGCGAAGCUCGAAGAGACUGCCUCGGCGGCCACGAAGGAGCACACGCUGCAACGGAAUCUGCAGAAGAUGAAGGGGGAAUGGUUGGAAGUCUACUUCGAACUGACCCCCUAUCGCGAAACCGGGGUAUCCAUAUUGACGGCGGUGGACGACAUACAAAUGCUGCUAGACGAUCACAUACUCAAGGCACAGACCAUGCGUAGCUCACCCUUCGUCAAGGCGUUCGAGCAGGAAAUGCAGCUGUGGGAAGAAAAGCUGAUAACGAUGCAGGACAUCAUCGACCAGUGGCUGCUCUGUCAAUCCACCUGGAUGUACCUGGAGCCGAUAUUCGGCAGCGAGGACAUCAUGCGUCAGAUGCCGACCGAGUCGGGAAACUUCCGCAGAAUCGAUAAGAUGUGGCGAAACAUUAUGUUGUAUGUUCUGGACAACAGACGAGUCGUCGACGCCACCGCGAUGCCAAACAUGCUGCAAGAGUUCAAGCUCUGCAAUUCGCUGCUCGAGGAGAUUCAGAAGGGUCUGAGCGACUAUCUGGAGAAGAAGCGUCUGUUCUUCCCGCGACUCUUCUUCUUAUCGAAUGACGAGCUCCUGGAGAUUCUGUCCGAAACUAAGGAUCCACAAAGAGUGCAACCACACUUGCGAAAGUGCUUCGAAGGCAUCAACCGAUUGCGCUUCACGAAAGAGGAGGAAAUCAUUGGCAUGUUGUCAGAUGAGGAAGAGUACGUGCCCUUAAGCGCCAAGAUCUAUCCGGCUGAUGCGAAGGGCAUGGUUGAGCGGUGGUUGUGCCAAGUAGAGGAGCUCAUGGUGAUUUCGCUGCGCGAUAUCGCUGAGGAGAGCAUAAUUGCCUACUUUGAUGCUGAACGCGAGGAAUGGGUACUAUCAUGGCCCGGUCAGAUCGUCAUUUGCAGCAGUCAGAUACAUUGGACCAGCGAAGUAUACGAGUCUUUUGAAGAUCGCUCGACAGCGUCCUACCUACACAAGUGCACCGAUCAAAUAGAAGACAUUGUAACACUCGUGCGGGGCAAGCUGGAUCCCGGUGCUAGGAUAACGCUAAAUGCUUUGAUCGUGAUAGACGUGCACGCUCGAGACGUGGUGAAACUGCUAGUCGAUAGAAUGGUCGACAAUCCUUUAGACUUCAACUGGAUAGCGCAGCUUCGCUAUUAUUGGCUAGAUGACUGUAUCACCGUGUCCAUGAUCACGACGAACGUAAUGUAUGCCUUCGAGUAUCUAGGGAACACAUCCAGAUUAGUGAUAACACCGCUGACUGACCGAUGCUACAGAACUCUGAUGGGUGCGCUAAAGCUGAAUCUCGGUGGCUCACCAGAAGGACCGGCGGGCACCGGGAAAACGGAAACGGCCAAGGAUCUCGCAAAGGCCGUAGCCAAACAGUGCGUUGUAUUUAACUGCUCCGAGGGUCUUGACUACAAAGCGAUGGGCAAGUUCUUCAAGGGUAUCGCACAGUCCGGUGCCUGGGCGUGCUUUGACGAAUUUAAUAGGAUUGAUUUGGAAGUUCUGUCGGUGAUCGCUCAGCAGAUAUUAUCAAUACAGAUGGCCAUAAGCAUGAAGCUGGAUAAGUUUGAGUUCGAAGGUACUGAGCUAAAGCUGAAUCCCACUUGCAACGUCAUCAUCACAAUGAACCCAGGCUAUGCCGGCCGGCAAGAGCUGCCGGACAAUCUGAAGGUGCUGUUCCGGACGGUUGCAAUGAUGGUGCCGGAUUAUGCGAUGAUCGGUGAGAUCACAUUGUACUCGUACGGCUUUACUGACGCGAAGAAUCUCGCGGAGAAGAUCGUACACACGUACAAGUUGUGCUCCGAGCAGCUGAGCUCGCAGAAGCACUACGAUUACGGCAUGCGAGCAGUCAAGACUGUGCUGACAGCUGCUGGCAAUCUAAAACUCAAGUAUUCGAAGCGCGACGAGUCUCUGUUGGUUCUACGUGCCAUCGUCGACGUGAAUCUACCGAAAUUUUUGCACCAGGACAUCUCUCUCUUUAACGGUAUUUAUAUGGAUCUCUUCCCAGACGCGCAGCUGCCGCAGCCCAAUCGCGGCGAGCUCGUGACUCUGUUGAAGGCAAAUCUGGAGAAGCGGAAUCUCCAGGCUACUGAUUGGUACGUGGAGAAGAUCGUGCAGAUUUAUGAGAUGAUAUUAGUGCGACACGGCCUGAUGAUUGUCGGUACAGCUCUGGGCGGCAAGACUCAAGCCUAUCAGGUCUUGGCCGAUUCGCUGGGCGAUUUAUCGGGAAUACGGAAAGCCACGAUGCGCGAAAACCGCACGAUUUAUCGCGUCAUCAAUCCCAAGGCCAUUCCCUUGAAUCAAUUGUACGGCAGUUUCGAUCCGUUGUCCCACGAAUGGAACGACGGUGUACUGGCCAACACGUUCCGCGAGUUCGCACAAUCCAUCUCGCUGGAACGUAAGUGGAUCGUGUUCGAUGGUCCGGUGGACGCAAUCUGGAUCGAGAGUAUGAACACGGUGCUAGACGAUAAUAAGAAACUCUGCUUAAUGUCCGGUGAGAUCAUACAAAUGUCCGCUAAGAUGAAUAUGAUCUUCGAGCCGGUCGAUCUCGAGCACGCUUCUCCAGCCACCGUGAGCAGAUGCGGUAUGAUCUACAUGGAACCGUCUCAGUUGGGCUGGCAGCCUAUCUUCGAAUCGUACAAAAAGCAACUCAAGGAAAAAUUGCUGGUUGAACAAUAUGAGCUGGUCGUUGAGCUGGUCGAGUGGCUGACUGAUCCAAUAUUACAUUUCAUCCGAUAUAACUGCAAGACUUUUAUAGAUACGUCAGAUAUACACAUGUUCUUGUCCUUCACGAGAGUGUUGAGCAUGAUGCUGGCAGAAGAAACGCAAGUGAGCACAGUAUGGCUUCAGUGCGUGUUACUCUUCAGCAUAGUUUGGGGCAUAUGUUCGACAUUAAUCAGCGACAGUAGAAGAACGUUCGACGUGUAUCUGCGGAAAUUGCUGCUCGGUAAUAUCGACGAGUAUCCUAAACCGAAGGUGUUUAAACUGACGAAGCAACAACUCUUUCCGGAUAAAGGCACAGUGUAUGAUUGGAUUUACGAUAAAAGAAACAACGGGUGCUGGAUAUCUUGGAUAGAUAUUAUGCAGCAGGCACCUUUGCCGGCAACGGUGAAAGCCAGCGAGCUGAUUAUCCAAACGGCUGAGAUGUCCAUCCAGCAUUUCUUCAUGAAGCAAUUUAUGAACAUAGCGGUACCAAUUCUGUUCGUGGGCCCGACGGGCACCGGCAAGUCUGCGAUCGUGCUGGAUUACCUCGUGUCGUUGCCACGGGAAAAGUAUAUAGAGAAUAUCAUAAACUUCAGCGCCUGUACGAACGCGCCGCAAACGCAGGAGAUAGUCAUGUCGAAGUUGGACAGAAGGAGAAAGGGAGUGUUCGGUCCGGUCAUGGGGAAGAAGUGCGUUCUGUUCGUGGACGAUCUCAGUAUGCCGCAAGUGGAGAUCUACGGUGCUCAACCGCCGAUAGAACUGCUUCGCCAGUGGGUGGAUCACGGGUAUUGGUUCGACCCGAAAGAUACCUCGAUGCUGCACCUGGUGGAUAUCCUGUUGAUCGCAGCUAUGAUACCACCUGGAGGUGGCUCAAAUGUUGUAACACCACGGUUCACUCGGCACGUGCACGUGAUCGGCAUUGAUGCGUUUGAAGAAGCCACAAUGACAAAGAUCUUCUCUUCGAUUCUUGACUGGCACUUUGCCAAGGGUUUCGUCCCGGAGGUCUCGCGACUGGGCAAGAUGGUAGUGAACGCCACCAUGGAAGUGUUCCUCGCAGCCAUUAAGAACUUUCUGCCGACGCCAUCGAGAAGCCAUUACACGUUCAAUUUGCGCGACUUCAGCAGAGUUAUCAGCGGCGUACUGCUGGUACCAGCCGCUAGGAUGAAGGACCCCGACAAACUGAUCAGACUCUGGGUGCACGAGGUAUACCGAGUGUUUCAUGAUAGACUGAUAGAUGACGCCGAUCGCGAGACUUUGUUUAAAAUGAUACGAUACACGUGCUACAAUCAGUUGCGCCAGCCGUUGGACAAAGUGCUCUCAGGUUUGCUGAAAGAAGGCGAGAAACUCAUCACGAGCUCUCACAUCCGCGAUCUCUUUUUCGGGAAUUACAUCGAGCCCGACGCUGAUCCGAAGAUAUAUGAUGAGGUAACGGAUCUGAACGAUCUCCAAGACAAAAUGGAUUACUAUUUGGCCGAGUACAAUGCAGUUUCACAGACGCCGAUGAAUCUGGUGCUGUUCAGAUACGCCAUCGAGCAUACUUCCCGCGUUUCUCGAGUGCUUCAGCAGGACAAGGGUCACGCCUUGCUCAUUGGAGUGGGCGGUUCCGGUCGUAGCUCCUGCGCCAAAUUGGCGACCAACAUGUGCGAGUAUCUGAUACAUCAAAUCGAGAUCACAAGAAUGUACGGACCGGCUGAAUGGCGAGAGGACCUGAAACAUCUGUUGCUGCGCGUCGGUUGCGACGGCAAGCCUACCGUCUUCAUCUUCGGUGACCAUCAGAUCAAGGACGAGUCAUUCAUCGAAGAUAUUAAUAUGAUUCUGAACACUGCAGACGUGCCAAAUUUGUACGCGGUGGAAGAGAAAGCGGAAAUACUGGAUAAGAUAAUGAAUGUCGCGCGUGACGCUGGCGGCAAGAAAGCUGAGACAACACCGAUGGCGCUGUACAAUCUCUUCAUCGAAAGGAUUAAGAAGAAUCUGCAUAUAAUCCUGACAAUGUCGCCGAUAGGCGAUGCCUUUCGAAAUCGUCUCAGAAUGUUUCCGUCCCUCAUCAAUUGCUGUACCAUUGAUUGGUACACACUGUGGCCGGAGGAUGCGCUCGAAAAAGUGGCCAGAAUGUCAUUGCGGGAUCUGGACAUCGGCACAGAAGUGCGAGAGAAAUGUGUGCAAAUGUGCAAACAGUUCCACACGAGCGUCUCCGUCACAAGCGAAGAUUACUACCUGGCGUACGGCAGACGAUACUACGUCACACCCACGAGUUUUCUGCAACUAAUCAAGUCCUUGUAUAGGCUGCAUGGGCAGAAAAUCGAACAAAUUACAGUGCAGCAGACUCGUUACGAGACCGGUCUAGAGAAAUUGGAUUUUGCCGCUGGUCAGGUGACGAUUAUGCAGGAGGAACUGCAACAGUUGCAGCCGAAAUUACUGGCACAGUCGCAGCUGAGCGACAAGUUGAUGAUCCGUAUCGAGCAGGACACCGUCAACGUGGAGGCGAAGAAGGAGAUUGUGGCAGCCGAUGAGGCCUUGGCAAACGAAGCGGCUGCAGCGGCACAGGCGAUCAAGGACGACUGCGAGAGCGACUUGGCAGAGGCAACCCCGGCGUUGGAAGCUGCUCUGGCGGCUUUGGACACCCUGAAACCGGCAGAUAUCACGAUCGUGAAGGCGAUGAAGGCGCCGCCGGCAGGCGUUAGGCUGGUCAUGGAGACAAUCUGCGUGCUGAAGGGCGUGAAACCGGACCGAGUUCAAGAUCCGACCACCGGCCAGAUGGCGGACGAUUACUGGCCGGCCUCCAUUAAGCUUCUGGGCGACAUGAAGUUCCUGGAGAACUUGAAGAACUUUGACAAAGAUAACAUACCGCCUGCAUACAUGAAGCGCAUACGUGAGAAGUUUAUGUACGACCGCAGUUUCCAGCCGGAAGCAAUUAAGAAAGUCUCGACCGCGUGCGAAGGUCUGUGCAAGUGGGUGCGCGCCAUGGAGGUGUACGAUCGUGUGAUCAAGGUCGUGGCGCCGAAGAAGGCAAUGCUGGCGGAGGCCGAGGCCGCUCUGGCCGAACAAAUGGAAACACUGAAUGCCAAGAGAAACCUCCUGCAGGAGGUAACACAAAAGCUGCAGUCGCUGAACGACGAGUUCGCCGAGUGCAUGCGGGAGAAAAAGAAGCUCGAGGAUCAGAUUGAUCAUUGCACGCAAAAAUUGGAGAGAGCGGAGAAGCUGCUGGGCGGUCUGAGCGGCGAGAAGGGUCGGUGGAGCGAAACUGCCAAUAAAUUGGGCGCAAGUCUCGGUAACGUGAUCGGAGACGUUCUACUGUCAUCCGGGAUGGUAGCCUACCUGGGCGCGUUCACAGUAGAGUACAGGAACAAGCUGAUCGAUCAGUGGCACAUAUCUUGUACGGGAGCAGCCAUACCAUGCAGUGUCCGGUUCAAUCUGAUGGACAUACUGGGCGAGGCGGUGGAAAUCAGGGAAUGGAACAUUCAGGGAUUACCAGCUGACAAUUUCUCAGUAGAGAACGGGAUAAUUGUAAAACAUGCCGACCGCUGGCCGCUCAUGAUCGAUCCGCAGAAUCAGGCAAAUAAAUGGAUCAAGAACAUGGAGAAGCCGAACAAACUGAUGAUAAUCAAGCUCACGGAUCCCAAUUACGUGAGGGUGAUGGAGACGUCCAUUCAGCUGGGCACACCGGUGCUGCUGGAGAACAUCUUGGAGGAGAUCGAUGCGAUCUUGGAAUCUGUUCUGUUGAAAAAUGUGUACAAGCAACGUGGAGUAUUGUAUAUGAGAUUCGGUGAGACCGUGCUAGAGUAUAAUCCGAAUUUCCGGUUCUACAUUACCACACGCCUUCGGAAUCCGCAUUAUCUGCCUGAAAUUGCGGUAAAGGUGACUCUACUAAACUUCAUGAUCACGCUUCAGGGUCUGCAGGACCAGUUGUUGGGCAUAGUCGUCGCCAAGGAGCUCCCGAUUCUGGAAGAAAAAAAGAAUCAACUGAUAGUGGAGGGUGCAACCAACAGGAGGAUCCUGAAGGAGCUCGAGGACAAGAUUUUGGAGGUUCUCACAGAGUCGGAAGGUAAUAUACUCGAAGACGAAACCGCCAUUAAAAUACUCUCGACUUCCAAGAUUCUGUCGGAGGACAUUCAAGCGAAACAGAUGAUCGCUGCGAAAACCUCGGAGGAAAUAGACAGAGCGCGCGGUGGCUACGAACCCGUGUCGAAGCACGGCGCGGUUCUGUUCUUCUGCAUCUCCGAGCUGGCUAAUAUUGAUCCCAUGUACCAAUAUUCUCUGCCAUGGUUCUUGCACCUGUACGUCAUGGCGAUUGCCCACAGCGAACACAGCGAGGAUCUGAACGUACGAAUGAGCAGUCUCAAUUCGUAUUUCACGGCGAGCAUCUACAGAAAUGUAUGUCGCUCUCUGUUCGAGAAGGACAAGCUGAUAUUCUCUCUAGUUCUUUGCGCUGGUCUCUUACGCGCUUCUCACAAAUUGGAGGAGGACCUUUGGGUGUUCUUACUGACGGGUGGCGUCGCUCUCGACAAUCCCUAUCCCAACCCUGAUCCCUCUUGGCUGUCCGACAAAUCUUGGUCAGAGAUUGUGAGAGCCAGUUUGCUGCCGGGUCUUGAAAACCUGAGAGAAUCUUUCCAGUCCAAUAUAUUGCAGUGGAAGGCGUACUACGAUCUAUCCAAUAUGCAGGAGUAUCCAUUUCCACCGCCGUUUGAAGAGGAGGGCGAGAGUUUGCGGAAACUGGUGAUUCUAAGAUGCGUGAGGACGGACAAAUUGGUCGCGGCCGUUCAGUCGUUCGUGAUCCACCACAUGGGCCCAUCGUUCGUAGAGCCGCCGCCGUUUGAUCUUCAAAGCUCGUACGAUGAUUCGAGUAACGUCACGCCUCUCAUCUUCGUGCUGUCGCCGGGCUCCGACCCGAUGGCCGGUCUCAUCAAAUUCGCCGAAGACCGUGGGAUCUCGAAGAAAAAUCUCAUGACGAUAUCGUUGGGUCAGGGUCAAGGUCCCAUCGCGUGCAGCAUGAUCGAGCGUGGCAUUAAGAGCGGCGAGUGGGUGAUCUUGCAGAAUUGCCACCUCGCUAUAUCGUGGAUGCAGGAACUGGACAGGAUAUGCGACGAGAUCAUCGUGCCCGAGAACACGCACUCCGAUUUCCGCAUAUGGCUGACCAGCUAUCCGUCCAAGGGAUUCCCGGUGUCCAUACUGCAGAACGGCGUCAAGAUGACGAACGAGCCACCGAAGGGACUGAAGAGCAAUUUGCUGCGAAGCUACCUGAAUGAUCCUAUAUCGGAUUCCAAGUUCUUCCGCGCCUGUACGAAGAUACUGGAGUGGCAGAGUCUGUUAUUCUCCUUGUGCUUCUUCCACGCAGUGGUGCAAGAGCGACGACACUUCGGGCCGCUCGGCUGGAACAUUCCGUAUGAGUUCAACGAGUCUGAUUUGCGCAUCAGUAUCAUGCAGUUACAGCUAUUUCUAAACGACUACGAUGAAGUACCAUUCGAUGCACUGAUAUACCUGACGGGAGAGUGCAACUACGGAGGCAGAGUGACUGAUGACAAAGAUCGACGCCUGCUGAACGCGCUGUUGAAGAAUUUUUACAACACUGAAGUUAUUACGAAUAGACGAUACCUCUUCUCCCCGAGUGGGAUUUAUCACAUGCCGGAGGAUACCGAUUACGAAGGGUGCCUGAAAUAUAUUCGCAGUUUACCUAUCAAUCAACUUCCGGAAGUAUAUGGUUUACAUGAGAACGCGGAUAUAGCGAAGGACAAUCGAGAAGCGAUGCAACUAUUGGCUAGCGCGCUUCUGUCCCAGCCGCAAAUCAGCGGAGUGGGUGUUGAGAAAGACAUGGAUGAAGUAGUUUUCGCCUUGGCCGGUGAGAUUUUAUCGAAGAUGCGGCCGCAAUUCGAUACGGAGUACGUGUCGACGAGGUAUCCAGUACUCUACAUGAACAGCAUGAACACAGUGCUACGCCAGGAACUCAGAAGAUUCAACGAGCUCACGGAAAUCAUCAAGGAAACGUUAAGCAACGUGCAAAAGGCUAUUAGAGGAGAAGUGCUGAUGUCACCGGAACUGGAGGAGGUUUACUUCAGCAUGAGCAUCGGUAAAGUGCCGCUUGCUUGGGACAGAAGAUCGUAUCCAUCGUUGAAGCCACUCGGCAGCUACGUGAACGACCUGUUGGCGAGAUUGCAAUUUCUGCAAGACUGGAUCGACCACGACGCACCGAACGUCUUUUGGAUAUCCGGCUUCUUCUUUACACAAUCAUUUCUAACCGCGGUGCUUCAGAACUACGCACGCAAGCACAAGAUACCGAUCGAUCAGCUGGACUUCGAAUUCGAGAUUACCCCAUUCGAGACGAGCAUCGACCAUGCUCCCUCCCACGGCGUUUAUAUAAAUGGUCUCUUCCUGGAAGGAGCUAGAUGGAACAGGAAAAAGAGGUUGCUGGAUGAAUCCAAACCUAAAAUAUUGUUCGAUGCGCUACCAAUUAUAUGGUUGAAACCCGAUGUGAAAGCCAAAUUCGACAUAAAAGACGUCUAUCACUGCCCGGUGUAUAAGACGAGCGCCAGGCGCGGCGUAUUGGCCACUACUGGACAUUCCUCCAAUUUUAUAUUAUAUAUUUUAAUCCCGACUGAUCUGGAUGAAUCACAUUGGAUUAUUAGAGGUGUCGCUUGUCUCUGUCAGCUCGAUGAUUAACAAGAAGCAUAAGUUGUGAGUCAUUACAUUGUAAAUGCAUGUACAAUGAUUCAUCGCACGAAUAGACAACACAUUGAAAUAUUAAUUGACAAAUAUUUUAAUUAUUUUAAAAGUACGCAAGUAAAAGUACGGUUGUACAGAUAGUUUCUAAAGUACUUAACAUUGUAAAAGAAUAUGUAAUUUUGUAACUUUUUUUAUACAAGAAGAAGAGAAGAGAAUUGGAGUAGAUUAAAAGAUACGAUUAUAUAAUUAUAAAUAUAUUAUAUUUCCAACAACAAUCAUAUCGUCGUCAUCAAUAACACUGCUUUAUCAAUUUUGUAUAUACAUUGUAUCCUAUAUUGUCGUUAAUUUUUAUAUACAUAUACGAAUUUCAUAAAAUUUUAUUCAUAAACUAUUCGAUAAUAAAAAACAAUAAUGAUCAUUCUCAAUAUUGAUCGCUUACAUGAUCGAAAUUGCACGUGCCUGCAAAGUGGAUCAUGCAAUCGUCUUCAGGUACAUGUCCAAGGAGUGAUAUAAUUCUUCUAUGUGGAGAAAGAAGUAUAUUUACAUUGCGGAAUGCUAGAGAUUUCAACGUGUAAAUAUAACAGAUUGAAAUCUGGCGAAUUCCUUUUUGAGGAUUGUACAAAUGGGAAUGCGCUCGAAACGUCCGUUACAGAUAUCACGAUGUCUCGUAUACACAUAUAUAUAUAU